UUUGUAGGGCGGACUCUCUUUCCAGGAGGGCUUAGGGAUCUUUUUAACAUUUUCCGUGCAUCACCGUAGUCAGAACUGAAACAUGAAGAACAGAGGUUAAUUAAACAACAGCGCUGUCAUUAUCCUGCACGUCGAUGACUUCUGGCCAAGGAUGCGGGAUCUUCAAGUCAUUGACAGCUUGCUCUUGAAAGAGUUGAAGUUAUGUUGUGCGAAAGAGUACAGUUUUCUUCCCAAAGAGGCCGGACUGAAGCUGAUGGAGAUGGCUUCCACAGAAAAUCCCAGUGGAUUGUCGGCAAAAUGCAGGGACGCCAGAGUGGAGGAACUGUGGGGCCUGACCAGCUUCUUUGGCUACAGCACCCAAACUUUUGUUCAAGCGGUCAAUAUGCUCGACAGAUUCCUCACCAUCAUGAAGGUGCAGCCCAAACACUUGCCUUGUAUCGGAGUGGGCUGUCUUCACAUCGCAGCCAAAAUGGUUGAGGAAGAGAGCAAUGUCCCCCCCACCCAUGAGCUCAUUAGAAUCAGCCAAAGCAGGUUCACUGUGUCAGACCUCUGCCGCAUGGAGAAGAUCAUCUCAGAGAAGCUUAGCGUGGAGCCCGAGGCAGUGACAGCCUUAACCUUUCUGCACCUCUACUACUCAGCCUUCACAUCUCUGUCUGCGGGAAGGGAGGAGAUCCCAAGCAUUGGGAGACUGGAAGCCCAGCUAAAAGCGUGCUUAUGUCGACUUGUUUUCUCUAAAGCAAAACCAUCAGUGCUGGCGCUGUCCCUCAUUGCUCAAGAGUUUGAAGCCCUCCAGUCCAUCACCGUGCUGAAGAUUGUCCAGCAAUUCCAAAGACAUCUGAAGAUUAGCAACACCGAGCUUUUCCACUGGAAGGAACUUGUGGCCAAAUGCAUGACAGAGUACCGCUCAAGUGAAUGUAACAAACCAGACAACAAAAAGCUUGUUUGGAUCGUGUCCAGGAGAACGGCACAGAAUCUUCAGGCCAAUCAUGUCAGUGUACCUGGUCUACCAACUAUUCCUGAGGGGAACUGGGAUGAGAGUGAAAGUGAGGACAUGAGCUGUGGAGAGGACAGUCCGUGUGGCUCGCCAGGCAGUGAUGGUGAAGGAGCAUUUUUCCCCUCCGCCUUUCUCAGGUGUAGAAAGUGAUCAAUCCUCAUUGAUGCAGUAGUGUCCUGUGAAUUUAAGGUCACCAUUUUUCAGAACAGACCGGUGUAUUUCACUUGUUGUACCAUGUGCACCAUAUGUAUGCAAAGUUUCAAUCAUUAAGUGCCUGUGUUAAUUCAUUUACUGUUUCUUUUUAAUAUUUAAAAAACAUAUCAUAAUAAUGCAAAAUGGAAAAUUGCAGUACCUUGGCAGCUUGUGGGUAAUACAGGUGAACGUCUUUUUCCCAGAUGUUUUCUUUGUAUUUGUUUGUGUCCAAGCCUGACACAUUCCAGGAAAAAGAAUAAGAAGAACUGGAAGUUCACUCAUUGUUGAAUACUACCUAACACACUAG